AUGUCACAGAGCACUUGCAUGGCAGCCUGGACUGCUUACAAAUUCCAUGUCGAUAUACAAAUCAAGGAACUACUAGAAGUAUUUUUAGGGUGCUCUCCUUUUCCUGGUUUUGGCUACGAAGGUUCGUGCAAAAUCCUAUCAUCUAAGUUCUCGGGUGCUGAUAGCCGGUAUUGUAGGGCUGAGAACCCGCGGACACACUCACUGCCAGAUCUGAGACCAUGGCGGGAUCAAUGUGCCGAACUUGAACCCCGCGGGGUUCAAGAGCUCGAGAGUCUAUUUGGUCGUAAGGUUAUAAGAAACCAUGAAUAUGCCAUGGAACGUAAACACAGACGUCGUGGCAAUUCUCAGAAUGGCGGUAAAAAGUACGGCGUUAACCAAAGGCUGCAAGUGGUGUACCCACGGACCGAUCUGACUUCCGUCGAGGACCUUACCAGGCAAGGGAAUUGGGGGACAACGGCAGUCGCCGAAGUCCUGGGACCAGAAUGUGGCAUAGUGAAGAGUCAUCGCAUGGAGUCCGCCAAAGCUAACCAUGAAAAGAGAGCCGGGCCGACCCAAUGGAAAGGGCGCAACGCUGCAUGGAAUGGGUCCAAGCUUCUGCACAUCCAAGCUGGGAGGGUCCAGAAGAUGGCGGUUAAUAACGCAACCGCCGUGUGUGCUCAGGCAGGAGCUAAAAUCCUGUAUAGUAACAUCCGAACUCGUGGCGUGAUCGAAUCGGCCAUCCGUGGCCGUCAGCGACAAAGAUCCGACAACUGGAGGACCAUCAGGAGGUCAGACCGAUCAUUUCACAUUGCGCAUGCUGUCGUCCUGGCAGCUCAAUGGGUGGUGGUGAAACUGUUAGGUAAUGGGUAUGGCGGCGAUGGGUAG